AUGACAACUGCGCGUCCCCAACCUCUGUUCUAUGAAACAUUGAAGUGUGUGGGUUUGUACUUGGAGCCUAAUUUGAGAUUUCAACUAUACCUUCGAUGCCCUGGAUUUGGUUCUGUACACAAGACUCAACCUGUUAGAAUCCAUGAAUUGAAAGUGCGUCCGAACAAUUUUGAGGUCAACGGAACCGUCUUCAGUGUAGGAAUCAUCAGGAAAUACGCAAGAACGACACCGACUCCAAAACCAGUGAAAGUGUCGAAUGCCGGCGGUGGAGUCCAGCAUGACGUGGAUAGGUAUGGCAUACGAAAUUAUGGACAAGAGGAGAUUCAACCGAUGGAAGCUGCACAGCGUGACUCCACCCGAAUCACCCAUUUGGAAGAGCAUUUGCAGCUGAUGUUGAAAGAUCGUGAGAGACUGAGAUGGGAUGUGGUGCCUGACUUGGAUCUACGGAUUGAGGCCAAACGAUUGGAGAUUCUCUCCUAUCGAAAGCGAAUGACUAACCAGCAACCGUCGUUCAUUCAAUAUCUCCAAUUGACAAUUACCAACGGCACUGUACAGUAUGUGGAACGUUUGGAGUAUGACAAGAAUCUAAAGUGCACCAGGAAUUACAUUCUUGGGAAGAUCUUUGCCGGUGUAAAAUUUCAAGUCGGAAGCCUUCAAAUCGGAGAAGACAAAUUCAACUCAUUUUUGGGGCGCUUCCUUCAUAUGCAGCAAGGUCUAGUUAUUGAGGAACCGGGCAACGCGUUUGAACCUAAUACACUCGGUGGUCAAACGGAACCAUUGUUGCCAGUUCCAGAAGGAACAUUGAAAAUCGGAGAGAUGAUUGUCACUGGGAAUUUGAAAAACGCUUUGGCUAGUAUCAAAACAUGUCUAUCCGAGAACAAUCCCCCCUUUAAAAAGUUAACAAGCGCCUAUCAACCAUUUCCGGAUGAUCCAAUUGUUCAAAACGCUGAACUUAUAUGUAUUGCCCGUACAGCAAGUCUUAGGGUGUUCAAUGGGAAAAUCAACAAUAAACGAAUCCAUCUCGGAAGAUGUAACAUUCAGGAAACGGAUUUUAUGAUUCUUGUCAACAAAUGGUCAAUGGAAAAGAGCGAGGUUGGCAGAUUCUACUCCAUCGGAUUCAAAAAAGUCAAGAAAAUUGAGGAGUUCUUCUCUCUGUUCAUAAACAUUCCAGGCGCUGAAAGAGGAGAUAACGAGGAGACAAGAUGGUCCGAAUUCCCAGAAUGUAUCAUUAUCCCAAUGAGAGACGAGACCGAGUUGAAUGUGUGGUUUGAAAAAACAAACGAGGAGGACAAGGUGUACUGUAACACUAGAUUCAUAGUGAAGAUCAAAGUGCAGAAUAGCGGAUAUGCACAAGUUCAUGGAUCAUUCUAA